AGAGAGUGUUGUGAUCAUCUGUAGCUGCUCUGCACGCUUUCUACCUCUAAUUUAACAGCUGUGAUGUCUCAGCAGCCCCAGCAGACCCUCCCCACCGCCCCGGACUCCCCAGCCCUGGUGGUCUCUGGUAAUGUGCAGAAAUAUGCCAUCAAGAAGAAGAAGGUGCUCAGUGCUGAAGAGAGUGAGCUGUUUGAGCUGACCCAGGCUGCAGGCAUCACUGUGGACCAGGAAGUCUUCAAGAUCAUAGUGGACCUAUUGAAGAUGAACGUGGCUCCUCAGGCCGUCUUCCAGACUCUGAAGGCCAUGUGUGCGGGUCAGAGGGUCGUUGAAAGCAGCGUCGGGGAAUCUUCAACUGCUUCCCACCCAACCAGUAGUACCACAGCACCGACAGAGCCCAGAGUGCGAAGUAAAACUGGAGCGAGCCACGCCGAGAAGAGCAGAGAGGCCUCGAGCCAGAGAGUGCAGCGGCAGUCCAGCGCCACUAGGGGGCAGAAGACUAAGAGCUCGGGCAGCAGCAGUUCCUCCUCACAGAUUAACUCCACAUAAGCUCAACGUGGAACCAUUUGUAAAUAUUUCGGUUUCUUUACGUGUAAUUUAAUGUGUAUGCUUCAUUGCCUUACCUGGGUUUUUUUUUUAAAGGGUCAGUUCAUAUAUUACAGCACCAAAAAAUAAAGAAACAUUUCAACAGUUUUCAUAGACUUUGAUUCAUCAUUUGAAGUCAGUCUAAUGAAAACUCUUCAUAUUGAGGCCUGUGAGAGAAAACAGAUAUCUUAAAAUUAAAUAAAAGAAAAAGACCUGCUAGAGUAAAGUGAGAAAAUAUUGUUUGUAAUGUGGGUAAACUUCUUUUAAAAGCUCCGACAUGAUAUAUAAGAAAGUGUCUCAUUCUGACUGUUUGUUAGUGCUGUUUUUUUUCUACUGCCUGUGUCCAA